UCGAGACCGGCGACCAAAUGGAAGCACUACGUCGAUUUUUAAGAACGGAGACCCGUUGUCGCCUCUACGGGAUACAUACCAUAUUAUUGUUUGCCCUAUUUUUGGGUUUCUCGGUGGCUGCUGAGGUGCCGGAUUUGCUCACCCCCGAACCGGAUAUCACGAUAGACGAAUGCCACGAUGAGUUCACCAUUGCCUGUGCCAACGCCUCGCUGGUCUUCUCCGAUUCCUACGAUCUGUGCGAACUGAAUGCCAAUGAGACCAUCAUCAAUCUAGAGGUCGAUGUGGAACUGGAGCGACUCCAAAUCGAGUUGGGAUCCAGUGCGGUGUGCGGAAAUAUGCAAAUCUGCGACACAUUGGUUGACGAUCUGGAGUACUUUCAGUGCAUCAAUAAAAACGGAAUCCAUAACCUGGACAUUCUGACCGAAAUAAAUUACAAUGCCACGAGUGCUUAUACACGACUACACGAGGACUAUGAUGCAGUGCAUCGGGCGCUUUUGCUUUGCGGCCUCGAUGCCCAGAAAAAGUACAUUGAGGACAUAAGGCAGGCCCACAGAGAACUCACUCAAUGUCGAUCGGAAAUCGACGAGCUUAACAACGAGUAGUCGUCGCUUAUCUGUCACUAUACAAACAAAAUGAUUAAGGGUGAAUAAACACCAUCAUAUAAGCUAAAUCACUAUAGUUUACCAGGAAUUGAUAUUAUUUUCUGAUAAGGAUAUAACUUUUAGGAUUUGUUGAUUGCCUGAUCCGUCUUAGAUACAUUAAGUACAUAUAUAUAUAACUUCC